CGAGCGGCGGUGUGUGUGCGUAAUUCAGUAUUUCAGGCGAACCGGGAGUGAUUAUAUCUGUAAAUUUAACUUUGAUUUGCUGCGAUGUGCGUCGCCGUUAAGUUGUGGAUGGCAGAGCUCACGGCUGAGUGCUGUGGGAUGAAAUAGAGAGAUCACACCAUCAGCCAUUUACAUGUGAAGCUGAAUUCUGGCCAAAGGUUUGAAGCCCAGGGGGAAGGAAGGAUUCGGAGUUUUUUCCACAGUCAGCAGACCCAUCUGAGUCUUACUGCUGCCAAGCACUUACUACACUUCAUCUUCCUGGUGGAUGGAUCGUAUGAGUGAGGAGGCACUGCGGCUGAAUCUGCUGAAGCGGGGCUUGGAGCCUGCGGAGGAGCGCAGCCGGGUUCAGGAUGACGUUCUGCCCAAGAGGCUGAAGGUGGAGGGCCAUGAGGCCAUGGAGCGGCUGAAGAUGUUGGCUCUGCUGAAGCGUAAGGACCUGGGUGGUUUGGAGGGCAGUUCGGGGGCGCUGGCAGACCUGCGAGGUGCAGGGGGCAGCAGCCAUGCGACGCUGGGUUAUUCUGCCUAUGAGGAGAAGCUGAAUGGCAGCCUGAGAGUGCCGGCCAUGGCUCACUCUCUGAUUGGCCGCAGUGGCAAGGAGAACGUUAAUGAUGAGCCCGUGGACAUGAGCGCCAAGAGGAGUGUUGUGGAUAAAGACCGUCACACUCCCUCACCUGAUGUCAUUGUCCUGUCUGACAAUGAGGCAUCCAGCCCUAAAGGAGCCGGCAGAGAGGAGAGAGUGAAGCCUGUAAACCUGGACAUGUUCAAGGGUAAGAGUGUAGCUGAGCGUCAGAGGGUGAUUAAGGCUUUGAGAGAGGAGCUGAGGCUGGAAGAGGCCCGUCUGGUUCUGCUAAAGAAACUCAGACAAUCUCAACUACAGAAGGAGAAUCUCUCCCACAAGGUGUCUGUGGUCCAGAGCAGUUCUUCCUCUGCGCACCCUUCAGCCCACAGCUCUCAUGUCAGUAGCAAGCUGCCCGCUGGAGCGAGUCACAGACAUCAUAGCACAGACCCCCAGCACCUCCGUGCUGCACAGGGUCAGAGUGUGAUCCGGUCUGCAGCCAACGCCUCUGUACCCCAGAUGAUGAUGUCACAACGUGUGGUUGCUCCAAGCCCAGGGCAGCUGCAGGGCCACAGAGUGCAGCCCAAACCCAGCAGCAUAAGCACGCCCACAGCCAACAUCAGCGGUGCUGUCGGCUACCAGCAGGCAUCUAGUCAGCAAGUGUCUGUAGCCCAGCGCUCCAGCUCCUCCUCAAUCUACAUGAACCUGGCGCACAUGCCAGCGGUGGGCGUGUCUGGGAUGGCGAGUGCCGUGGGGUCAUCCUCGCUGGCCAGUGCUAGUUCUACAUCUCUUCAGGAUGUGGCCAGCAGUCAGGCUGCAGCCAAACUGGCCCUUCGCAAACAGCUGGAGAAAACACUGCUUGAGAUCCCACCACCCAAACCACCAGCACCACUGCUCCACUUCCUUCCCUCAGCUGCCAACUCUGAGUUCAUCUACUUGCUGGGCCUGGAGGAGGUCGUACAGUGUGUCCUCGACAGCCAGGGUAAGCUGCGUGGAUCACUGGGUCAUUUGGAGCCCUUUGUUUGUGCUCAGUGUAAGACUGACUUCACCCCUCAUUGGAAGCAGGAGAAGGGUGGGCGCAUCCUCUGUGAGACAUGCAUGACAUCCAAUCAGAAGAAGGCUCUGAAAGCUGAGCACACAAACAGGCUGAAGAAUGCCUUCGUGAAGGCUCUGCAGCAAGAGCAGGAGAUUGAGCAGCGGUUGCAGCAGCAAGCUGCGCUGUCUACUAGUCCCACAGUGUCUGCAGCCAGUGUGAGCAAAGCUGAGUCCAUGAUCAGGCACCACACCAUCAGACAGGCGUCCCAGUCACAGGCAGCUCACUCCCAGGCGUCUCUGCAGCGCAGUGUAAACUCUGCAGGCUCCGGGUCAGCACGGGGCGUGCUGUCCAACUUUGCCCAGGCCUCCCAGCUUGCUCUGCCCACUGCUAUUAUGGGCAUGACCAGCAAACACUGCUCGAGCUCCAGCAGCCGGGCACAGCAUGACAGUCGACAUCAGCUAUACAGCAUCCCUGGAGUGAACAUUGCAUACCUGAGUCCAGGCACUGUUGGAGGUCAUAAGUCGAGUUUAGCAGACAGACAGCGCGAGUACCUGCUGGACAUGAUCCCCCCUCGUUCUAUAUCUCAGUCCAUUACUGGACAGAAAUAAACAAGUUUUACCCUCACUCCUAACAACCCCCCCACAUACAAAUGCACUCAAACAUUCUCUCCUCUCUCUCUCUCUAUCUAUCUCUCUCUCUAUCUAUCUAUCUAUCUAUCUAUCUAUCUAUCUAUCUAUCUAUCUAUCUAUCUAUCUAUCUAUCUAUCUACCUAUCUAUGCCCCCUCUUUCUUUCUGUCUGUCUCUUUCACUCAGUCCCUCUGUCUCCCUCUCUCACACACAUGCACACACAGACACACUCCUCUGUCCCCUGUUGCAUGCAGUGCCUGUCAGUCUGCUUAACCAGCUAAUCUUUCUGUGUAACACAAUCAGUGACUGUAAGUGCUGAGACUUCAGUCACUCUCCGCAAGUAUGCAAACUCUCCUCAACACUGCUUUCCUCUUUUGGUCUCCUCCACACCACCACCACUCCACAUGUGGACGUGUUUUGUACAUUCUUGCGCUUUUUAGUUUGAACGUGUUUUUGAUUGUGAGUGUGGUGGUCAUGUGCAAAGAGAGAGGGAGGGAAUCCCUGGGUUUUGUGCAUUGAGACUUUUGUAAAUCUGAAUUGAAUGAAUUUCAAUGGAUCAUCAUUUUUUUCCUGAAAGCAAAUAUCAGUGUUUUUAAGGGGAUGAAAUUUAAAUGAAGAAGCCUUAUUAUAUCACUUUACAUGGAGAGCUUUUGUUUUCAUGGCUACUUUUAGCUGACUGCAAUACCUAUUCACUAAAGACUGGAUGGAUUUUUGUAAAUGUUCUGGUCUGUGAAGGUUCUCGUGGAAACAGCUUGCAGCAUCUUUUAGGGCUCUUUCAGUUUCUGCGUGUUUUUUUUUUGUUUUGUUUUGUUUUUGUUUUGUUUUGUUUCUGUUUGUUUCUUUUUCAACCAGCAUGGAUAAGCCGGGUCUGUGAGACCUCUGAGCUGCCACACAGUGACUCCUCAUCCUCUCUUCACACACAUGCACGCACUUUAUGUAAGAUCAUUUGGUCGUGUAUCAUUCAUUUUAUGGUGAUCUCUAAAAUUAGUCACGUUUCUUAUCAGAUUAAAUGAAGUUGAUGACAGUCCAUCUUUGACUUUAAAUAAUAUCUAAGUAAAGUGAUUGCUUUUGGAUGGUAAAUAUUUAGAAUUUUAAAGGUGCUGUUUGUCAGAUUUUCCUCUCUUCAUUGUGUACUUGACUGAACAGAGGAAUUUCUCAUGCACUGCCCCUUUAAGAGGCCAGUGCAAUAUUGAGAGACAGGGAAGACGUUAGUUUUAUUUAUUUGAUUGAAAGUCACACUUUGCUUUGCCCCUGCACCAUGAUGGACAGAUGCUUAUUUCUAAUUUCUGUCUUUUAAAGAUAUUUCUCUUAUUUUCUUUUGUUAAAUAUGUACAUUAUAGUAUGUUGCCACAAAAUCUUGCUUUUUUAUUUUAAUCUGCCAUGUGCCUCAAGGCACAUUUGUUGACUGAAGAAAUUGAAACAAAAAAAUUCGUAUCUGUAAAGUUGAUUUUUAAAAAAUUUCUUACAAAAUACCUGUAAAAAAAAACUGCUAGAAAUUUAAGUCAUUUUUGUCAGUAAUGCCCCUGUAACUUACUUUACUGGUCAAGGUUUUAUGAAUAUUCAUCUUAUAACAAGUAUUAAAAAUACUUAUUUGCAUGGAAGACAUUGUUAAUAAUGUAUUGUAAAUAUGCCUCUUCAGCCUCUGGGGCUCAAAACAUGAAAACACAUUUGUACAUUGUAUAGAGAAACCAAAAGCCAUUGAUAUUGUGAGUGUCAUCUUGUCAUGUGAUCCCUGUGUAGUACUACACAAAAUGUAUGAGAUUUACAGUUUUUCUUUUCGAUUCAUUCUCAAAUAUAUUUUUGUCCCCUCUGUAUGGGUUGUACUAUGUGAUAUGUGCUUCAUACACCUGGGUUCUUCUGUUGCUGAACUAUCUGAAGACUCGGCCACAAUAGUUCACUGAAUUGUCUAUGUUGAAAGUUGGUCCUUUUUAAGUUAACACACCACCCUUUGUACAUCAAGUUGUUGUACUUUUAAAUUGUAUGUUUGUGAGAUUUUGGAAGGCUCAGACAAUUCAUUGAAACUCUGUUGUCUCUGACAGUCGGAGAUGCUCUCAGUGCUUUCACGUUUGUUCUCUGGAAAUGGUCAGUCAACCCCAGGUCUAGAACCUGGUCUUUCUCUUCACUUUCUUUUGUAUGAUUUCUCAUUACAAAAGCAACAUGCUAUAUUUGUAAUGGAUAGAAAGAUGAAUGUGGAAACUGAGCAGAGUGAAGAAAAUAGACUUGUUUUCUUGCAGGACAAAUGUUGCUCCGUAUAAUUUCAGUAAAUAAGCUUACAAUAAAGACAAAUAAAGGAAAUGCAUCAGCAA